UAGAACAAGAAAUACAACAUAAUUUGAGCAAUUUAUUUAACACUUUACAAAACGAACAAUGGGUACUUGCAAAUAGUCAGCCGAAUGAUCAGCUACAAGGUCCUUUGAAUAAUUUAUGGGAUUGCUUCACUUUUUUACAAAUCCAACAACAAAUUUUGGCUAAUAGUCGGCUAAAUAAUCAGCCGCAAUAUUUUUUGAAUAAUUUGCAUGAUUAUAUUUGUCAUUUACGAAACAAGCAAUUGUCGUUUUCUGCUGCUAGACCUCUAGAUUCGUUAAAUAGUUUUUGGAAUUACUUCUGUGAUUUACAACGCCAACAACUUAUGUUGGCUAAUAGCCAGUUUAAUAAUCAGCCGCAAGAUUUUUUGAAUAAUUUAUACGAUUAUUUUGAUUUUUUUAAUAAUCAGCUGAAUGACCAGCCGCAAUAUUUAAAUGCUACAAAUUUAAAGAACGGAAAAUCGCCAAGGCCUAUGAAUCAUUUUAUGCUUUAUAGAAGAAAACAAGCCAAGGAAAUUUGUGCUAAAAAUCCCAACGCCAGGUUCACAAGUGGAGAACUUUCUAAAAGGAUCAGUAAAAUGUGGAGCGAAGAACCACGAGAAGUAAUUGCAAUAUUCAAUGAAUUGGCUAAAGAUGCUAAACACCAACAUAAGAUAAAAUAUCCAGGUUACAAAUAUUGUCCAAAAAAACCUAACGGAAAAAAACAACGAAAUCGAAAUACCG